AGCUGCGCGGCUUCUGCCCUAUCGUGAUAGUGAUCAAGACACGCAGUUCAAGUGAAAGGCACGGACAACAUCGCUUCUGCAACAACAUUGGCAUACAAAAGCGCCAAUUUCCCCUAUUUUUGUCCUUCAUCCACCGUCACAAGUGUUUCCACGCCAGCGAGGUGCUCGAGCCAUCGCAACUCGUAUGCAGACGCGCAUCAUCGAGUGCGGCGUUCACGACAGAAGUGGUUCUUGCAAUUCCUGGUUGCAAAGCCUCGACGUCACUUGUGCAGAUCACUUCCAGCCACCAUCAUCUGGAAACGCGCGCCUGACACGAAAUUCCGACUUCUCGAUUACAACUUCGCAACUUCGCAACUUCGCUCUUGAUCGACUGCAUUUUGGAGCGUUUGAUCAUUUUUCAGCGUCAAUUGGUCAACAGGACACAGACUCGAAGCGAACGACACGGAAAAGAAAAGAGAAACAUCUGCCAAGAUGCCGCCCAAGAAGCAGCAAGCUGCUCAAGCACAGGCAGGCCCGCAGCAGAGACAGACUCGUGCGGGCAGAAAGAGACGGAAUAGCGAUACGAGCAAUGCCUCUGAUCGUCCAUCAAGCAGUCAUAGCAUCGCCUCGACUCCUGCAAAGCGCCGCAAGCGAGGCAAGGCCGCCGCGAGCGUGGAACCAGAGGUUAUUGUAGAAGAGGAGGAACAGGAACUCGUUGAAACCGCUACAGCCGACGGUGCCCUCGAAGCUGCCGAUGCAGUCGUUAGGCCCGAGAUGCACGUACAAUUCGGCGGAAGACACUCAUCGUCCAUUCGUUUGAGUGAGGUCGAGAAGACGACUGCCACUCAUAUAACACCACACCCUCGCAAGAAGAUGACUAUCAAGCGUCGCCAGACAGGUUCCCCAUCCACCAAUGGCGAGGUUCUCGCCAAAAAGAAGAUCACGACCACUCGGCACUCCUUGCCACCUGCGCUUUCCCAGCAAGAAGCUGCAUAUGUGGAGGAGCAAAGCCACCAAUUUUCUUCUUUACAUGAGAUCAUUGAAUCACGAAAGCAAAGUCUGUUCGCCCUCCAUGGCGAGCGCCUUGAGCAUAUUCGACAUUUGGAACAUCAGAAGUCAUCUGGUAAGGAUAUGAAUGGAGACAUCCAGGCAAAAAUUGUCGAGCUCAGGCAGCAGAUGGCGGACGAUGAGGAGUCGGCCGCGGUUCACCUUGACAACGACAUGUACGUCUGGGAGAGCCAGGAAAUGGUCACUUACCCGGAAUUGCCCGAACACUCCUCAUCUGGAGAAAGCCUUGAGACCAAACUGCUCAUUGGCGACGACUCCUUGUCGCAGUCACAGUUCCGAUCGAAAGAGCAAGUCUGGGACUCCGAGCGUCAGCGACUUGAGGAUGCCAUCUUAGCCUUGAGCCGUGAGGCAAACGAGCACAAGACGAAGCUUCAAAUUCUUGAGAUUGAGCUUUCGUCUCUUGGUCUCGGAGAAGGCGUGAAUAGCAAGGCAGUGCUCAUCAGCAUUCGCGAGUCCUUCAUUCGCAUUCGCGAGAGCUUGGAAGCCAUUCUACCUGGCUCGCUUCCGGAAGAUAUCAGCAAUGAGGACGUUCUCAACAUACUUGUUGCUAACGUCAAAGAGUUCGCUGAUCGACUGAAGAUCCAAGACCGUGAGCUUCACGAGAAGAGCUCUUUGAUUGCAGAUCUAAGUCGACAGAUUGAGGGUUUGAUCGAUAGGCUUGCAGAAGCCGACUUCCGACGAGAACAGUUAGAGAAGCGUUUGGUGGAGGAGGAAGCCAAACUGGAGGUCAAGACUCAGGAGUGGGAGGAUCUCCAGGUUGAGCUCAGCGAGGUGGAGGCUGAACGAGACAACUACCAAGAUGAGCUGGACAUCAAAGAGAAGGAAGCAAAGAGCCUUUUCGAAGACCUCACAAGUCGUGACAGCAACAUCGACCGACUGACGCAAUCUCUCCAGCACUACCAAAGUGAAGAGAAACGUCUGCUCGAGCUCAUCACACGCAUGGAAGAGGAGCACGGAUCGACCUUGACUAAGAUGAACCAAGAGCGCGAGAACACGGUACGGGACUUGGAGGACGGCUACGAUGAGCAGGCACAGCAACGAGCUGCGGCAGAGCAGCUAGCCGCGGAACGCCUGGCUACAAUUGACGCUCUCGAGUUGCAGAAGGAAACGCUUGAAAAGGAGAGAGAUUCGCUGCGCGACAAGCUGGACGAUAUGACCAUCCAACGAGAUGCUGAAGCCGACGCUCGUGAGACUGCCGAAACUGAUCUUCAGGACCGCACUGUUGAGGUGGAAGAUCUUGCCACCCGCGUCGACCGCCUUGAGGACGAGCUUGCCGACUUGACAAACCAGCUUGAGGAGCUUCGGCACCUGAAUGAGACUGAGCGCACGCAGCGUGAGAAUGCCGAGAAUGCCCUUGAUACAGCCAACGAAGACAUUGAGGAGCUCACCGAGAAUUUGAAGACACGCGGUGCCGAAGCCAAUGAGCUUCGAUCGAAAUUGUGGGAGGUUCAGCAAAACCACGAGCGACAGAUCAAGGAGCUCGAGCAGGCUGCUUCGGAUCGCGAUCAGCAGUACCAAAGCGACAUUCAAGAGGAGGUCGAUCGCAGAGAGGCCGCCGAGCUCGAAUCGCAGGAGCGUGCUACCACUAUCGAAGAGCUUCAGACACGUCUUGAAGAGGUUGAGUUGUCGAUGAGCGAGCAGAUUGCUGAACGCGAUGAGCGGAUCGCUCUUCUCGAGGAGGAAAUCACCAGCAAGGACAUUGAGAUCAAGACUCUACGCGACGACUUGAAAGACACCAACAACCGUUUCGAGAUAUUCGAGGCUGAGGCAGCAGACAAGAGAGAAGAGUUGGAAAGCAGUAUCGCCGCACUCCAGGCCAUGAUCUCGGGGCAUGAAGCCACCAUUUCAAGCCUGCAACAGGAGGUCUUGAACGAGUCUGCUCUUCACACAUCCGAGAUUGACGAUCGGAACAGCACCAUCGCCGAGCUCAACCACGAUGUGGCUGUCCUGAAGAUUAAGGUUACCGAGCUCGAGGCCGACAAGUCGAGCCUGGAGCGUCGUGUUGAGCAAGAGGCCGAGCAGAUGCUUCAGCUUCAGGCAGAGAAGGAGGAUGAGCUUGAAGCGUUGAGAGCCACUAUUAAUGACAAGCAGGCUAAGAUCCAGAUCGUCGAACAGAAGGCCAUCGAGGCAGACCAGCGCUGGCAAGAUCUCCUCAAUUCUAGAGAGGAAGACAUUCGCGAGCUUCGCGAAGCUCAGACGUCCAGCAUCGAGACCGUAUCAAUCUUGGAGAGUGAGAUCCAGAUCAUCAAGUCGCGCUUCGCUGAGUACAUUCGAAAGACGACCGGCAGAAUCACACGUCUUCAAGAAGAUCUCGCGCGGGCUAAGGCCACUGCGGAUGAAGAGGGCGCAGAGAUCAUUACGGAGGGCGAGAGCUUGUUGGUGGAUUUCGAAGCAAUGGGAAGCAAGAGUGCUACAGUCACCACCAAGACCACUCACUCCUCGUCCUCUCAGAAGCAAGCUUCGCGUAAGACCCGAAGCAAGAAGCGCGUUCAGGACAGCGGCAUUGGAAUGGAGGAUGAGGACGAGACUAUGCUUGCUGCAUAGAUGCGAUUGAAGUUUGGCUGCCAACCGCACAGGCUACGGAUCCCAAAAAUUGUAAUUACAUAGCGAGGCGCCGAGAUUUUGUAUAGGAUCGGUAAUUAGGAGGACAUGGUUAAUGGUU